AUCUCUUUUAGCUGUCAUAUACACUCAACUAAACUAAGCAAUCUGUCUGACAUACAGAAGAGGCAGCUGGAGUCAGGGGAACUGCUGGACUCACUUGGAUGCCUAGAUCUAGCUUUCAGCAGGCUGCUGAUCAGAGACCCACUGGGGCAAAGAGGGACCUGGAUACGGCAUAUGAUCAGACAACCACUGUGCAGACCAUCAACGCUUUGCCACGACCAACCCCAAUGCACAGGAGAGGGAGUGCACCACUGCCCUGCACAGCAUCACCUAGUGUUGGGAAUAAUACUCCAAAAUAUAGGAGCUCCAUAACUUCCAUCACUAUGACCUCAAGGAGGGUCACUCGCUCCUCCAGCCUGCCUGAUACAAACUUUCCCACCCAGAUUGGUUCAAGAUCACCAAGUCCUAUGGCCCUGAACAACAAGCACAUUGGCUCCUUUAGGCAGGCUCCGCAGAGAAAAGCCAUUGCAGUCAAAAUUACAGAACAGAGAGAAGUGACCAGAAGAAUCGUCCAACCAAAGGCCAAGAAUGGCCAUGCCUAUAGGUUACCUUUUAGAUCUAAUACUAUUGAUAAUGAUUCCCCUUGUUUCUCCAACAUCUACAAUAGAAGAAGCCCUGAUCCAGCCUUUUCUAGGGUUGACACAAUAGAAAACCAUAACCAACUGACUGUCAGAGAAAACCAUAUUCCUACGCUCUUUGAUAUCUACAGCAAAGAAUGUUAUUCUCCACUAUCUAUUAACCAAACCACUGUUGAUACCCACCAACCAGUGGUCCUUAGGAAAAAAAACACAAUCAUCAAAGCAAUGGAGCACAAAGAAAACCAUAACCGAGGCACUAAUGAGGAUGGGAGGAUAUUAAACUACAGGCACAGCUACACCGAAGGUUUUAAAGCCACCAGUUCACAAGCAUAUCAAAACUGUCCAUCAUCCAUAGAAGAUACUGAAUCUGGGUCAGCUCCUAGGCUUGUCCACUCAGAUGCUACUAACAAAAAGGUAACAGAAAGGUACAAAUCCUCAUUAUCCUUGAAACUGAAGGAUCCAUCCAUUCCAUCCUUCAAAGAACCCUUAAUGAACAAACCGCAUCCUAAUCGCAGACCGAGGAGGCCUGCUAGUUGUCAUGCUACCCUGUUUAGCCCUGCUGAGCAUAGUGUUAAUGCUUCAAAAGAUCCUAAAAUUCAGAGCAGGAGAGCUGCUUCUCCCCAUGAGACAAAUAUUGAUCAUUCAAGCUUCACUGGCAGUAGCUCAAACAGGUGCCUAAACUCCGAAGGAGGGCCAGGCAGCCAUGAGAAGAUUAACCUAAGAAGAGCAAGAUCUGCUUCGAAUGUGGGACAGAGCGAUAUCCCAGGAAACCAGCAUUUUACUCUCAUUAAAGUGCCAGAAAGCUCAACCCAUGAGACAUACGAUGCUAUCAUGGCCCUGAAUGCAGCUGCUGUUAUAGCCAAUAUAAAGCUUCAGAGCCAGCAGAAGAAGAAAACCCAGACCCACGGCAGCACUAACAACAAGAAAGACUCAGCAUCCCAGAGCAAAACUGCAAGAUGCAGAGCUGAGGAAACACAUACAGAUAACCAGGGUGGUGCAACAUUCCUUUCCAUCACAACUCCUGAGACAGCAGCGCCUGUAAAGCCUUGGCAUGUAGAGUUUGUCCCACUAGCAACCACAGAUGAACUUUCAUCAUACAGUUGUCCUCUCAGUAAAGCACUAGAGCAGCAACGUCCAGACUUUAUCAGACGAUCUCAGGCCCGGGUUCAAGCUGUGGAGAAACGAGCACAAAAGAGACAACACCUGCUCAACAAACAAACACCAGCACCAAAGCCUGCUCAGAAACCGAGAGAUAAUAUGUCCAAAUCCCGCAACCAAAAUACCUUGGGAAAGCAGAUGCAAUCACAGUUAAGACGAAAUGACCUGCCUGAAGUGAAGAGAAUGAAAGAAGAGGAGAAGAGAAAGAUGGAGGAAGAAAAGAGAAUAUCAAUCUAUAAAACCAACAGGCUAAGGGCAGAGCUUUUUAAAAAGAAAGUUCUGGAUCAGGUUCUGAGAAGAGGCAAAAUGUGAAAGAAAAAGUGAGCUUUUCUCCUGCUCGUGCCUUUUGUGGGCAAAAGGUGAAGUUCAACCAAGACUCUCCAUUAACCUCAGCCCAUUAUACUACAACCUCUCAAUAGUAUAGUACAGACUAAUUUGCCAAUGCUCCAUGUUUACUGAUCUACUCUAUAAUGUCUUCUGAUAGAGAAGAACGAGUACUACUAUUGUCAUAACAUGAAGAGUUUGGGCAUAACAUCAAAUGUGCUUAAGUCAAGUUAAGUUGUUUAUCACUGUUAUCUGAAGUCUGCUUGCUUAACUUAAACUAGUACUACAAAGCAUAUGCAGCAAUCAUUUUCUUUACUAUCAAGUUUAAAGUUCCUGUAUGUAUAUUUUUGACCCCUCAUAUUUUGUCAUAUUUUUAGAUAAAUGAACUUAUGAAAGAUCUCUAAUUCAUAAAAGUGUAUUUUUAACAAGUAAAUAUUUCAAAAUUUGGGCAUGAGAUGGCAGACACACACACAGAGAUGUUUACAAUGAUUUAAUAAUAACAAAAGACAAGACAAGGUUACACAAGACAGGUUUGAACAAGACAAGACACUAAAACAUGACCUGUGCUAAAGCUAACCUAAAUGCUAAUGCUAAUCGCUAAGCUAACGCUAAUCUAAACACACAAGAACAAAGCUAAACUAAAUGCUAACGCUAAACACACAUGCAACCUGACUCAACUACACUAGACCCUACGCUAAGAAUGCUAAACCUAAACAUGAACUAGACUAGACUAGACUAAGACAAGACAUGAACAAAACAAGACUCAAACAAGAAGCAAACCAACAUUCAUUCAUUAACUUUCUUAACCACUUAUCCAAUUAGGGUCGGGUGGGGGGUGCUGGAGCCUAUCCCAGCUUUUUAAAUCGGUGCAAGGCACACAGUAACACCCUGGACGGGGGACCAGUCCAUCGCAGGGCAGACACACACACACACCCAUUGACCUAUAGGGCAAUUCAGUGUCUCCAAUUAACCUGACUGCAUGUUUUUGGACUGUGGGAGGAAACCCACGCAGACACGGGGAGAACAUGCAAACUCUGCACAGAAAGAACCCAGACCGCCCCACCUGGGAAUCGAACCCAGGACCUUCUUGCUGUGAGGCCAGAGGGCUACCCACCGAACCACCGUGCCGCCCACAAAUGACAUGACAAAGGCAAAAUGUGCAGCUGUGGAUCAUUAUCUGAAGACCAAUCACAAUGAGGGGGUGUUGGCCUAAACCUGAAAACAAAACAUAACAAACAUGUGCUCCUGGAGAGAGGGGCAUGGCACACAGGAGCACUCCAUAUACAGGCUGGAUACGUGACAGCAAGAUUUGUGUCUUUGCUUCUUCAUCUCAUGGUAUCUGUAAACUGUAAAGUAUUUUGGGUUUAAAUAGAUAACUUAUUUGACUUCAUUUGGGGCCAAAACGUUUGUCUUAUGUGGUUUUUCCAUGUCUGGGCUGUACUAGCCACCUAGUUAUAGCAGCAUUCAGGAUAGAAAUUAGGUAAAGCCUCAAAGACACCUGUCGUAAUGUCUGAUCAAACUAGUGCUAAAAUCUAAGGCUUGACCCAGCAAACCCAAAUACAGUAGUACAGUAUAUAUACAAAAAUGAAUUAUAUGUUGGCUCCAUCAGCAGGUUUGUUGGGCAGUGUGACCAUGUUUUAGCAAGUACAAUGGCUUAUACGCUGUUAAACUACCACAAUUUACAGCUGGAAUUAAAAUAUUUCAUCAAUCUAAGAAUUUCAGAAGCAUUAUGUCUCUCAUGACCUGCAUGCCAUCAUCUACUGCUUAUUAUAGAAAUGCCUCAUCAUUUGGACACUGGACAGAGUACCAAAAAAGAAAGAGUUUAUUGUCUAUGGGCUGGUAGAGGACAAAAGAGAGCUCAGGGUGCCAUGUGUCAAUGUGUCACUACACUCAAUAUACUAUUGAAAUAUGGUAUAAUAGAAAAUGUGCAAUGCUUCAACAGUUCAUGCAUCUUUUUGACUCUGUGUUGUCACAUCUGAUUUAAUACGUGUGUCCUAUUUUCUGUUAGCUGUAAAACGUAUACUAUAACAUUAUUUCAUUUGAAAAUAGCAUUGCUGAGUUUAUGUAUGAUGUUGUGUAAUGGAGAGAUUUAUACAUACUUUGUUUUCUUGUGUUUGUUUUGUUGUAAACAGAAAUAUAAGAUGUUCUGUGUUAGUGCCGAGAUUAAAGGAAAUUAUUUCAGA